UCCACUCUCUCUUACCCGCCCACCAGUUGAUUCCUGCGUAGUGUUAUGUGGUGAUAAGAGCAGGGAAGAAAGGAAGGCCUAAGCAGCCCUUUUCUUUUUCGAUUUGGUCUUUUGCUGUUGCAUCUUCUAAUCGGGCAGUUUCACUCUCUUGCAACUACCAUGCUCCACCUGACUGCAGGCCGCGUGGGAAGCCUCAUGGCCCGGCGCGCGACACUGGCCUUGACCACCAGCAGCGCGAGGAUGGCGAGCCACGGUCACGAGGUGGCAGAGUCAGUGGACAUGUCUCAGCCAAUGUACUGGGACCGCCGGGACACCCCUCUGCCUGACAAACGCUACAAAGAUGUGCUGACUGGUGCCGACGAGAGCCUGAAACAGAAGGAGAAAGGACCCUGGAGCCAGCUGACCAAAGAGGAGAAGAUUGCCUUGUACCGGCUGACGUUCUGUCAGACCUUCCCAGAGAUGAAGCAGCAGACAGGAGAGUGGAAGACUGUCCUCGGGGGUAUCUUCAUCUUUCUGGGCUUCACUGGCCUGGUGGUCUGGUGGCAGACAGUCUACGUCUACCCUGAGCGCCCCAGGACCUUUGACGAUGACUGGCAGGCCAAACAGCUAAAGAGGAUGUUAGACAUGAGGGUGAACCCCGUCCAUGGCUUCGCAGCCAAGUGGGAUUAUGAGAAGGGCCAGUGGAAGUGAAGACCCGACUGGACUGUGGCAGAGGUGGGGGCAGAGUCCGGACCUUUUCCACUCUCUGAAGCUGCUGUUGAAGUCAGUCUCAAUUUGAAUGUCGCAUUAUAACUUUCAUAACCACUGAAAAAAUGGAGCUUAUUCACUGUCAACAUCUCUGGGAUCAUUUUACUCUGUGCCACCUCUGGCUGUCAGUCAGUAGCCUUGUGUCAUGGUGAUGACCAUGUCCGUGCUGAUGUAACCAUAUUAUUAUAAUAUUAAUAAAAGUUGCUUAUGUCUCA